AUGACAGCACUUAUGGAACAAUCUGGACAGUUGAUUGCACUGGCUUGUGAGUAUCUGUACAUCCACAGAUGUGAGUUACUUGCGCAGGAAGCUUGUACGAUUAACUGUCUAGGAUUUUGGAACAUGUUUAAACUUAAACCCAAAGUGAAUCACAACUCCAUCGAAACCUUGACUGGAUCAAAUUAUAGCAAAUGGAAACAAGAUCUGGAAAUAUCUCUAGGUUUUCUGGAUUACGAUUUUGUGCUCAGAGAGAAACCUCCCCAGGAACCAGCUGCAGAUGCUUCUGCAGAAAUUAAGACUAAGUUUGCCAAAUGGGAAAAGGCAAACAAGAUGGCUAUGUUAAUCAUGCAAAGGGCUAUGUCUUCAUCAGUGAAAGGAAGCAUUCCUAAAUCUAAGAAUGCACAGCAAUACUAUGAGUCAAUUGCACAAAGGUUCAAGGAAUCUGAAAAAGCUGUCAAGAGUUCCCUGCUGAAUCAAUUGAUUGAUAUGAAGUAUGAUGGACAGGGUUGUGUGAGAGCUCAUAUCAUGAACUUGAUUGACAUAGGAACGAAAUUACAAGAGCUGGAUAUGACAGUAGAUGAGGACAUGAUGGUCCAUUUUGCACUGAAUUCAUUGCCUAAAGAGUUUAAAUCUCUCAAGGAAACCUACAUUGCUCAGAAGGAGACCUGGACCUUGAAUGAUCUUAUUACUAUUUCUGUCCAACAAGAGCACAAUAUCAUAAGAGAAAAGGGAGCCAAAAUGGUCAACAUGGUUCAGACUAAACAGAACAAAGAAAACAAGUAUAAGCCUGCUGCUAGGAAAGAAAAGGAGAACAGUACAGAUAAGGCUUUGAAACCUACAACUGGAUUGGGUUGUUUCUUUUGCAAGAAAGCAGGACACAUGAAGAGAGACUGCAGGAAAUACAAAAAGUGGCUGGAAAAGAAGAAGGGAAAAGGAGUUUACAAGCAAGAGGCUGCCAAGCAAGGAUGA